GACACGGCACAGAGACGGAGACGGUGAGGGACUGUAAGAUAACUGACGGAACAUUUUUAUUACUAUUUUCUGAAGUGGAGUUUCUGAGAUUGGAAAAUGAAGAUCCUACUUAUCUUCUGCCUGGUUUUAGCUGAUGAUACUGAUGCUGUAACUACAAUAACUGGAUACAGAGGAAGAUCAGUUCAGAUUCAAUGCCCCUAUGAACCUGGAUAUGAAAAGUACAAAAAGUAUCUCUGCAGAGGUAAAUGUCCCUAUGUGGGGUAUAAUGACAUUCCUGUUGAGUCUGGAUCUCCUGCUAAAGACCCCAGAUUCUCUCUGUAUGACAACACAACAGCCAAAAUCUUCACCGUCACCAUCACUGAUCUGAGACCAGAGGAUAAAGGCACUUACUGGUGUGCAAUAGAGCAGCCAGGGACAAAUAUUUAUACAGAGCUUCUACUGCUGGUUAAAACAGAUGAUCCUGCCGUCAAUACAGUCUCACACACCACACACACUACACACACCACACACGCUGCUUCAACACACUCCAGUUCAUCAGUGCAUGCUGAGACCACAGAGUCAACAGCAGGUACUGCACUAAAUAAUGCGGCCCACCCAGUUAGUCCUCCUUCUUCACCUCAGGAAUUUCCAACUUCCUCUCUCAUCGUUGCUGUGUCUGUGGUUCUCGUGCUGCUUCUCAUUGCUCUUUUAUUCGUGGUAGCUCGACAGAGGAAAAAGAAGACCCAAGCCAAACCUCCACAAGCGUCCUCAAACGAUGUGGCUCCUGUCAGUAAUGAUGAGACUGAAGACAUCAGACGCCUUUCUCACCCAGUUUAUUCCACUCCUCGAUUACCCACAAGCCCCCUCACCUCCUCUCAAACUAUUUACUCCAACACGGGAUUACCCACAGCUCCCUCUGAAUAUCCACAGCCCCUUUAUUCUACAGUCCAACACCCAUCCGAUUCUGCUGAUCAGGGCGACUACUCCACAGCUAACUUACCCACAACUCUCUCUGACUCAUCAGUCAGCGCUGCUCCACCAUCGGCUGUGAAACCUGCUGAAAGUCCAACGUACACAACUCUGAGAUUUGACACCAGUUCUGCUGGUGCAGCUCCAGCGGUGAUCUCCAGAAAUGAAAACCACUCGUGUGAUUACGCGAAUGUUAAUAUUACUCUCUGUGGCUAAUUCGCUGACAUCAGAUUACUAAUAAUUUUCUCUUGUUUUAAAUUUGCAGCACAAAUUUGGAUUGGUCAGAACCUUCUUCUUCAUAAUAUUUAUAACAGCUGCACUGACAGUAGUGCAACUGAUAAAUAGUAUGUCAUCUUCCAUUUCAAUACAUACAAUAUUAUAAAUGUUGGAAAAUGGCUGUGGGAUGAGAACAAUACAACAUUUGGAACAUUCUGUUACGUAUAAAUAAUCAACGUUGGGGUGGUAACAGGAACGUCACUUCACACCACCCUGAACACACACACACACAGAGUGAUUAUUUCUUCCUGGUUAUACAAACCUCCUGUUUUUCUACUGUAUUUAAGAUGCAGCAUUAUAUUCCUAAUUUCAACAUAUUUAUAAAAUACUAUUGCAUCUCA